ACGACGUACUUGGAAAAUUGGAGACUAAAGGCAACCUGGAAACGUCCUAGGAAAUAUAUUAAAACGCAUUAGUUGGUUAUACAAGUCGCAGUUGAACAAACAUGAAUUCUAUUGCAACGACUUGUCCUAAAGUUUCUCUUUCCAAUGGCCUGCAAAUUCCAAUUCUUGGACUAGGUAAGAUUUAAAAACAAUCUAUGAUAAGAAUGUUCAAAAGGUGCCUUUAUUUUACAUCACGGGCAACCUUUUAACGAGAAAUGUAACAUAGGUGACGAUUUUCAACUAUGUUUACCACUGUGCUCAGGAGUCAGUUAAUCCAUAGAUAUACUGUAUGGGAUUACUCCGAUGAAUUUCUGCUGAAACAUUGCCACGUUGUGUCAAACUAGCCUACAUAGAUGAUCGAAUUCAUGCUAGAACAGUCGGUCAAGAACACAACAUCAAAAUUGUAUAAGUAUAAGAGGGAGUCAUGAACUGAAUAUGAAAACACCACAGACCAGUGUGAAAGAAUUGGGGUUCUCAAUAGUGGCUAAACAAAAGGUUUUGUAGAUCAGUAAUCCGUGUGAAUGAAGAGACGCAGUAGCAGUAGUCCACAGAGGCAUCCUCUCUGGUUCCCCUGUUAUUUUUUUCUGCUCUGUGAAAGAGCUGGACUGGUGAAAGCAAACAUCCGGUAAGUAGGCCUAUCCUCCAAAUUGCUCUCAUCUUAUGUUGUUUAUAUGAGUGCAGAUGAAGGAGAAGAUGCUAAGGGAGAGGGAACCACCUCAGACUAUUGAGAUGGCACCAAUGAAAGGAAGAAGUUUGAAAUUCCUGACAGUAAUUCUAAAAUCAGGGAAAGUGAUAUAUCUUUAUUUUCUUCCCAAGGAACAUCGCAUGACGGCGGGUAUUCACAUGACGCCGUGUUGUACGCGCUCCGGGAGUGUGGCGUGCGGCACAUCGACACAGCGAAGCGUUACGGCUGUGAGGAGCAGCUGGGUAAAGCCGUGCGGGAGAGCGGAGUACCACGGCAAGACCUAUGGCUUACAACCAAACUGUGGCCCGGAGAAUACGGCUAUACCGCUGCCAAAAAGGCCUGCCGCGACUCGUGUUCCCGUCUAGGGGUGGAAUACCUCGGUAAGGCUCAGGACUAUAGUUGAGUACUUUUUACUGAUCUAAUAGAUAAAGUGUUCAGACCUUUUUGAUCUAAUAGAUAAGGGAAACUUAUUCAGACUUUAUUGAACCAGGUCAAUUGAAAACCAGUUCUCAUUUGCAAGAGACAAUGCCACAACAAGAUUAUCUCCCCCUACUCAUACCAAAGCUUGUCCACUAUAGGUAAAAAAAAAACUGCUUUCCUCUCACCCUCCCUCUCUUUUCACUCUCACCCACCUUGGUGGAAUGUCUACCGUCUCCUUGCUCUCCCUCUAAUUGUAUCAAUCCUCUUUUUUCCCCUUAUACCUCCCCCCCUCUCUCGCUCUCUCUCUCCCCGUCUCUCCCCCCUCUCUCACUCCCCCCUCUCUCCCCCUCCCCUCUUUCACUCUCCUCUCGCUCUUUCACUCUCCUCUCUCGCACUCCCUCCCUAUCUCUCUCGCACUCCCUCCCUAUCUCUCUCCAUCUCUCACCCCCCCUUCUCGCUCUCCCUCUCCCCGCCCCUUCUCUCUCUCCCUCUCCCCUCCCCUUCUCUCACUCCCUCUCCCCUCCCCCCCUCUCUCUCUCAGACUUGUACCUGAUGCACUGGCCAGACGCCAUGGUCCCAGGAAGGUCCAAUAGGGAGGUCAGGGUGGAGACCUGGAGGGCCUUGGAGGAACUGUAUAAAGAAGGUGACACAUAGAAAACAUUAUUACUUAUAGCAUUAUAGUCACACACCGUGUUAUAAGCCUAUAGGAUGCUGCGUAGGUCUCUUAUCUAGAGUAUCUCUUCUCUCUCGGUGAACGCGAGGCAGGGUUGUGUCAUGCCAUCGGUGUGAGUAACUUCCUCGUCUCCCACCUGCAGGAGCUGAAGGAGGACUGUAGUGUGGUGCCUCACGUCAACCAGGUGAGUGAUGCAUUGGCUGCGUUUCAUUCCACAGUCCCUCCUGCCCUAGUUCACUCCCUGAAUUAUCUGAAAGGACUGGAUGGGGUGAUGGCAACAUGGAUGAAACGAGUUGUAGCUUCCUGUCCAGUGACCACCUAGUCAUCUUAGCUCCGUGACGGGGAGUGAACGAGGGCAGAGAGUAGGCGAUUGAUAUUUGGAAUGAAAUGAGGCCAGUGUAUCUGUGGGACAUGACCUAGAACCUACAUUGGCCCUUCAGUUAUAAGCGAGAGGAAAGGACAGACGGAGUGAUGUCACUUCCCCCCCCCCCUCUCAGGUGGAGUACCACCCGUUCCAGCAGCCAGAGGAGUUGGUGGAGUACUGUCGCCAGGAGGGCAUCGUGUUCGAGGGCUACUGCCCCCUGGCCAAGGGGCAAGCUCUCAGCCACCCCACCAUCCUCCAGCUGGCACACAAGUACGCCCGCACGCCCUCUCAGAUCUGCAUCCGGUGGAGUGUACAGGUACCCCAACUCUCCUGAUGGCCACCUACAGUGUCUUCAGAAAGAAUUCACACCCCUUGACUUUUUCCACAUUUUGUUGUUACAGCCUGAAUUCAACAUUUAUUAAAAUUUAGAUUUUGUGUCACUGACCUACACACAAUACCACAUAAUGUCAGUGUAAUUCAGUAGCGGUGCGUGGGUAAAAUCACUGGGGAAGCCAAGCCAGAAAAAAAGCAAUUUUACCACCUAUGUGGCAAAUAUGUGUUGUGAUAAUUGCGUUGUUUGCUCUAUAACCUGUUAGUUCAUAUGCCUUGCCAUCGUGAUAUAUAGGCCUAAGGCCUGGACAAUAACAAGACACAGUGGCAGAAUAAAUUCAACCACACCUUUGUUUUAUCACAGAACCGGAGAGCAACCUCUAUCCGGUGAAGUCCACAAAGCAUAUUGCAUGUAACAAACAGUUACAUGACCUACAUGCAUUGUUUCCCAACCCUGGUCCUCCAUUACCCCCAACAGUACACAUGUUUGUUGUAGCCCCGGACAAACACACCUCAUUCAACUCAUUGAGGGCUUGAUGGUUAGUUGACAAGUUGAAUCGGGUGUGCUUGUCCAGGGUUACAAUAAACAUGUGUACUGUUGGGGGUACUGGAGGACCAGGGUUGGGAAACACUGACCUACCGCAUGGUCAAGCAAGUACAUUUUUCAAAGAUUUUCGGACUACUAAACUACUAUUGAUUUAGAACCACGGCGAAUUACCGCAAGUCGCAAAGAAAACGGGCGCUGCCUCAACUAUUCCAGCACCAUUUCAACUUCAACAUUUCAACAUCAUCUAAUCACCUAAGCUUAGUCUAAUACAGUGACAACUAAAAGAUUCCAAAAACAUUUUAGUCCAAUCAACGUAAGCUAAAUAUCAUGUGGCUGUCCAUGGUUGUGUGUGUGUGUGUGUGUGUGUGUGUGCUUGUGCGUAAGUAGAAAAAACAUGACUCACCUCGUGUAGAGAAACGCUAAUGCCAUCCUCUUCUCUUUCAUGUUGAUGAAACGGUCUUUGACUCUGUCAUACAGAACACACUUUUAUUUUUUGUUGUCUUGCUCGCUAGCCUAACUUCCUGGCCAACGAUGCGCCAGGCCAGCUGGGUAACAUUAGCCUAACGUUACUACAUCUAGCUACAUGUUGAACUUCCAUCCUCUCAGACCAGGGGCACAAUGUAUGAAUUUAUGGUUGGAUCAGAAUCGUAGUUAUAAUCUUGGGCCAAUACGGAGAAUUAAGUAAAACUACAAAGCCAAAUCCCUAUCUCCAUCCAUGGCUAAUUUAGGAAAGGGCCAAUUUUAGCUAGCUAACUAGCCACCGGAGGACAACGAGAUGCAACAAUUCAAGUUUUUUCUGUCAAUUACGUUUGUCUUCUGAUGUGGUGUGAAGCCAAAUCCAAACUGGCUUCCCUUGACACUUUUCCUUGGUGAGCCAGGACCAAUCACAGCUGAGCUCACUCAGUUUAGCUCAACGCUGUUUGGCUAUUAUUUUUUACAUUAUCAAGGGAGGCCAAAUGCUUGCUGGCUUCCCAUGCAUUCAGUGCUAUGGGCGGUGACAAUGUCAUUCUCUUUUUGACGGCAUCAGAUAGAUGGCCUACACAUACUGAGACAGAGGGGCGCUGUUUCUCCGGUGAGAUACAUUCAGCCUUUUGCCAAUUGAAGAACAUUUAUGAAACACAGAGAGAUGAAAGAUAAAUUAUUGUUAUGUUUUUUAAUUGGUCAAUACCCUUAGCAUCCAUGAAUAUGCGCCACUGGUAGAAUUAUGUUUUUAGAAAUUUUACAAAUUAAUUAAUAAUGAAAAGCUGAAAUGUCUUGAGUCAAUAAGUAUUCAACCCCUUUGUUAUGGCAAGCCUAAAUAAGUUCAGGAGUAGAAAUUAGCGUAACAAGUCACAUAAUAAGUUGCAUGGACUCACUCUGUGUGCAAUAAUAGUGUUUAACAUGAUUUUUAAAUAACUACCUUCUCUGUACCCCACACAUUCAAUUUAGUGGAGGCUGCUGAGGGAGGACGGCUCAUAAUAAUGGCUGGAACGGAGCAAAUGGAAUGGCAUCAAACACAUGGAAACCAUGUGUUUUGUAUUUGAUACCAUUCCACUGAUUCCGCUCCAGCCAUUACCACGAGCCCAUCCUCCCCAAUUAAGGUGCCACCAACCUCCUGUGAUACAAUUAUCUGUAAGAUCCCUCAGUCGAGCAGUGAAUUUCAAACACAGAUUCAACCACAAAGACCACGGUGGUUUUCCAAUACCUCGCAAAGAAGGGCACCUAUUGGUAGAUACAUUUUACCCCUUUGAGCAUGGUGAAGUUAUUAAUUACACUUUGGAUGGUGUAUCACUACACCCAGUCACUACAAAGAUACAGGCGUGCUUCCUAACUCAGUUGCCGGAAAGGAAGGAAACCACUAAGGGAUUUCACCAUGAGGCCAAUGGUGAUUUAAAAACAGUUACAUAAUUGAAUGGCUGUGAUAGGAGAAAACUGAGGAUGGAUCAACAACAUUGUAGUUACUCCCAAUUCACAAUUCUAACCUAAUUGACCGAGUGAGAAGGAAGCCUGUACAGAAUACAAAUAUUCCAAAACAUGCAUCCUGUUUGCAACAAGGCACUAAAGUAGUACUGCAAAAAAUGUGGCAAAGCAAUUAACUUUUUGUCCUGAGUACAAAGUGUUAUGUUUGGGGCAAAUCCAAUACAACACAUUACUGAGUACCACUCUCCAUAUUUUCAAGCAUAGUGGUGGCUGCAUCAUGUUAUGGAUAUGCUUGUAAUCGUUAAGGACUGGGGAGUUUUUCCGGAUAAAAACCCCCCGGAAUGAAGCUAAGCACAGGCAAAAACCUAGAGGAAAACCUGGUUCAGUCUACUUUCCACCAGACACUGGGAGAUGAAUUCACCUUUCAGCAGGACAAUAACCUAAAGGUCAAAUCUACACUGGAGUUGCUUACCAAGACGACAGUGAAUGUUCCUGACUGGCCUAGUUACAGUUUUGACUAAAAUCUGCUUGAAUAUCUACGGCAAGACUUAAAUGUUUGUCUAGCAAUGAUCAACAAUCAAUUUGAAAGAGCUUGAAGAAUUUUGAAAAUAAUAAUGGGCAAAUAUUGUACAAUCCAGGUGUGGAAAGCUCUUAGAGACUUCCCGGAGGACCUGAGCCCUAGGACCAUGCCUCAGGACUACCUGGCCUGAUGACUCCUUGCUGUCCCCAGUCCACCUGGUCAUGCUGCUGCUCCAGUUUUCACUCUUCUGCCUGCGGCUAUGGAACCCUGACCUGUUCACCAGACGUGCUACCUUGUCCCAGACCUGCUGUUUUCAGCUCUCUCUCUCUACCGCACCUGCUAUUUCAACCUCUAAAUGCCGGCUAUGAAAGCCAAGUGACAUCUUGGAGAAAAAUCUUCCUUUAAUGGCCAUUUACUGUUAUAAUCUACACCUGGCACAGCCAGAAGGGGUCUGGCCACCCCUCAGAGCCUGGUUCCUCUCUAGUUUUUUUCCUAGGUUUCUGCCUUUCUAGGGAGUUUUUCCUAGCCACCGUGCUUCUACAUCUGCAUUGCUUGCUGUUUGGGGUUUUAGGCUGGGUUUCUGUAUAGCACAUCUGCUGAUGUAAAAAAAAAAAAAAAAAGGGCUUUAUAAAUAACAUUUAAUUGAUCGCUGCCAAAGGUGAUUCUAACAUGUAUUGACUCAGGGGUGUGAAUACUUAUGUAAAAUUAGAUAUUUAUGUAUUUCAUUUUGAAUAUAUUUGCUAAAAAUGUCCAAAACAUGUUAGACAUGGAGUAUUGUGUGUAGAUGGGUAAAAAAAACAAUGUUUUAUCCAUUUUGAAUUCAGGCUGUAACACAACAAAAUGUGGAAUAAGUAUGAAAACUUUCUGAAGACACUAUGUCCCACAAACCCCCUCAGAUACACCUUGUUUGUUAUUACUGUACCUGAUCCAAGACCGCCCGACCGCUGUGCUAUUAUUACUGUACCUGAUCCAAGACCGCCCGACCGCUGUGCUAUUAUUACUGUACCUGAUCCAAGACCGCCCGACCGCUGUGCUAUUAUUACUGUACCUGAUCCAAGACCGCCCGACCGCUGUGCUAUUAUUACUGUACCUGAUCCAAGACCGCCCGACCGCUGUGCUCUCGUUUCUCUCUUCAGGAUGGCUAUUAUUACUGUAUUCAUGAACAGACAUGGGCGCCUGACUUUGUCUGAAAGUGGGGGUGCAAUUUAAAAAAUAUACACUACCAGUCAAAAGUUUGGACACACCUACUCAUUCAAGGGUUUUUCUUUAUUUUUUAAAUGUUUUACAUUGUAGAAUAAUAGUGAAGACAUCAAAACCAUGAAAUAACACAUGGAAUCAUGUAGUAACCAAAAACGUGUUAAACAAGAACUUUGAACGUUUCUUCAAGUGCAGUCGCAAAAACCAUCGAGCGCUAUGAUGAAACUGGCUCUUAUGAGGACCGCUACAGGAAUGGAAGACCCAGAGUUACCUCUGCUGCAGAGGAUACGUUCAUUAGAGUUACCAGCCUCAGAAAUAGCCCAACCAAUUCUAUAUGGCACUUUGCAAAGUAGCCUAAGCAGAAAAUCAAAGAGAUUCAAUUAUUGCAAAACUGCAGCUUGUUGUUGGAACACAUAUUUCCCUACUUCAAUCAACCAGUCCAUUUUGAAUUUGUGAUAAAACUGUCCUAAUUUGGCAAGGAAUGUAGCUUGUGUACCCCAUCAGUUACACUGAACAAAAAUAUAAACUCAACAUGUUAAGUGUUGGUCCCAUGUUUCAUGAGCUGAAAUAAAAGAUCCCAGAAAUUUUCCAUACGCACAAAAACCUUAUUUCUCUCAACUUUUGUGCACAAAUUUGGUUACAUCCCUGUUAGUGAGCAUUUCUCUUUUGCAUUUUAACAUUUUUUUUUUUUUUUGUACAUUUUAGUCAUUUAGCAGAUGCUCUUAUCCAGAGCAACUUACAGUUAGUGGAUGCAUACAUGUAUUUAUUUUUUUAUUAUUUUUAUUUUCCCAUACUGGCCCCCCGUGGGAAACGAACCCACAUCCCUGCCGGCCAAACCCUCCCCUACCUUGGACGACGCUGGACCAAUUGUGCACCGCCCAUGGGUCUCCCGGUCGCGGCCGGCUGCGACAGAGCCUGGACUCGAACCAGGAUCUCUAGUGGCACAGCUAGCACUGCGAUGCAGUGCCUUAGACCACUGCACCACUGCCAAGAUAAUGCAUCCACCUGACAGGUGUGGCAUAUCAAGAAGCUGAUUAAACGGCAGGAUCAUUAUACAGGUGCACCUUGUGCUGGGGACAAUAAAAGGCCAUUCUAAAAUGUGCAGUUUUGUCACUCAACACAAUGCCACAGAUGUCUCCAGUUUUAAGGGAGUGUGCAAUUGGCAAGCUGACUGCAAGAAUGUCCACCAGAGCUGUUGCCAGAUAAUUGAAUGUUCAUUUAUCUACCAUAAGCCACCUCCAAGGUAAUUUGAGAGAAUUUGGCAGUACGUCCAACCGGCCUCACAACCACAGACCACGUGUAUGGCGUCGUGUGGGCGAGCAUUUGCUGAUGUCAACGUUGUGAACACAGUGCCCCAUGGUGGGGUUAUGGUAUGGGCAGGCAUAAGCUACGGACAACGAACACAAUUGCAUUUUAUCAAUGGCAAUUUGAAUGCACAGAGAUACCGUGACGAGAUCCUGAGGCCUAUUGUCAUGCCAUUCAUUCGCCGCCAUCCCCUCAUGAUAAUGCAUGGCCCCAUGUCGCAAGGAUCUGUACACAAUUUCUGGAAACUGAAAAUGUCCCAGUUCUUCCAUGGCCUGCAUACUCACCAGACAUGUCACCCAUUGAUCAUGUUUGGGAUGCUCUGGAUCGACGUUUACGACAGCGUGUUCCAGUUCCCGACAAUAUGCAGCUACUUCGCACAGCCAUUGAAGAGGAGUGGGACAACAUUCCACAGGCCACAAUCAACAGCCUGAUCAACUCUAUGCGAAGGAGAUGUGUCGUGCUGCAUUAGGCAAAUGGUGGUCACACCAGAUAAUGACUGGUUUUCUGAUCCACACCCUACCUUUUUUUUUUAAGGUAUCUGUGACCAACAGAUGCAUAUCUGUAUUCCCAGUCGUGAAAUCCAUAGACUAGGACCUAAUGAAUUUAUUUCAAUUUACUGAUUUCCUUAUAAGAACUGUAACUCAGUAAAAUCGUUGAAAUUGUUGCAUGUUGCUUUUGUUUUUGUUCAGUAUAGAUCAGUUUGUAUAGGCAUUCAUGUCUGUAAGCCUAAUGAGAGCGUGUGUGUAGAGGGAGCGGUCAGAACACAAGAGGGGAAAAGGGAAUUUGUGGAGAAGAACUGCUUUUGUUGUGCCCCGGAACUGCGCAUGUAGGCAGAUUUUAAGUUGUUAUCACCAUUAUUUAUUUGUCUCAUACAUAUUUGAUGCAACGAGAGUAGAAAUGGCUUAUUUGGUCGAUAUUACGGUCGAUAUUACUUACCAAGCAAAGAAGAGCUGUUUUAUCGAGGUACAAAUAUCCUGUGCUUUUUCAUUUUGCACAUAGGCACAUCCAGACACAGCUUGGCUACAUUGUAACUGCGAAGCGUAUGGGGCUCAGCCAGGACUGUUACUUUUGUGACGGAAUGAAAACAUUUUAACAAUGUGAUUUAUCCGAGUGAUGUUAGGAAAAUAGAUGUAAAAAAUGCAGAAUGGUGUUAAAUGCCUGUAAACGGCUUGGGGAGAAAAACUAAUUCUCACUGAUUUAAUCAUGUAAUAUUAGCUACCGGACAUGCAGUUUUUUGCAAAGGUCUUUUGGUAGGCUGAUGGAAGGCUACUCAGAGUCAGUGGGAUAAUUGCAUACUCCAAGUCCUCUCUUCUUCUCAAAACCCAUUGGAUUAGACUAGAUUACACUUUAUUUUAGUCACAUGCACAGGGUCGCAGAUAUAGUUGCAGUGUGCAGUGAAAUUCUUUAGCUCCGAGCUCAGUGUAAAUGAAACCAGGGGGAGCAGGUUAGACUAGUGGCUAGUGGUGCCUACUCAGCAGCCUGAUAGUCUGGGGGUAGAAGCUAUUGGCCAGUCUGUUAGUGUUUGUAUACUUCCCGCGUCUGAGUGGUGGAAGCGGGGAGAACAGGCUGUGGCUCGGGUGGCCGAGGUUCCUGAUGAUCUUCUUGGCCUUCCUGCGACACCUGGUGUUGUAGGUGUCCUGGAGGGCAGGCAGUGAGCACCAAAUGGUGUGUUCGGCUGAGCGUACCACCCUCUGUAGAGCCUUGCGGUCAGCGGCGGUGGAGUUGCCGUACCAGGCUGUGAUGCAGCCCGACAGAAUGCUCUCUAUGGUGCUCCUGUAGAACACUGUGGGCCCUCGGAGACAGGCUGAAUUUCUUCAGCCUCCUGAGGUUGAAGAGUUGCUGUCGUGCCUUCACCACGGUGUCCGUGUGGUUUCACCAUUUCAGCUCCUCGAAAUGUGUACGCCGAGGAACUUUACCACUUUUUUCUCUCUCCACGGCGGCCCCGUUGAUGAGGAUGGGGCGUGCCCAGCCUGGUUCCUCCUGAAGUCCACAAUCAGCUCCUUUGUUUUGCUGACGUUGAGGGUGCCAACCUCCUCCCUGUAGGUCGUCUCAUCGUUGUUGGUGAUCAGGUCUACUACUGUCGUGUCGUCAGCGAGCUUGAUGAUGGAGUUGGAACUGUGUGAGGUCACGCAGUCAUUGGUAUACAGGGAAUAUAGGAGGGGACUGAGGACGCACCCUUGUGGGGCCCCCAUGUUGAGGAUCAGUGUGGAGGAGGUAAUGUUGCCUACCUUCACCACCUGGGGGAGGCCCGUCAGGAAGUCCAGGACCCAGUUUCAUAGGGAGGAAUUCAGUCCCAGGGCCGUGAGCUUUGUGGAGCUUAGAGGGCACUAUGGUAUUGAAGGCCGAGCUGUAGUCAAUGAACAGCAUCCUCACAUGCAUUCCUUUUGUCCAGGUGAGUGAGGGCAGUGCAAUGGCGAUUGCGUCAUCCGUGGAUCUGUCGGGGCGGUAGGCGAAUUGGAGAGGGUGAGUGUGUCGGUAAGUGAGGAGGUGAUGUGGUCUUUGACUAGCCUCUCGAAGCAUUUCAUGAUGACGGAAUUGAGUGCUACGGGUCGGUAGUCAUUCAGUUCAGUUACUUUCCUUUUCUUGGGCACAGGGAUGAUAGUGGACAUCUUGAAUCAGCUGGGGAUAACGGCCUGAGCUAGAGAGAGAUUGAAAAUGUCCGAAAACACAACAGCCAGCUGGUCUGCACUUGCUCUGAGUGCGCAGCUAGGAAUGCUGUCUGGGCCGGCAUCCUUGCGAGGGUUAACACGUUUGAAUGACUUACAUCUGUCCUCCGUGGAGACCAUAAGCACGUUGUCCUCAGGGGCUCUCCUCUGUAGCUCAGAGUAGUUUUGCUCGAAGCGUGAGAAAAAGGUGUGACGUGACUGGCUUUAUUUUUGUAAUGCGUGAUCGUUAGAAGCCCCUGCCACAUACCCUUCGUGUCCGACCUGCUGAAUUCCUCCUCCACGUUGUCCCUAUACUCAUGUCUCGCCAUCUUGAUCGUAUUUGUACUGUUUAACCGGUCACCUUGCCCUGUUUAUAAGCAGCAUCUCUCUCCUUCAGUUUCCCGACAAGGCUGCAAUUAAUCCACGGUUUUUGAUUCGGAUAAGUUUUGAAAGACACCAUCAGUAUCACAUAAUCUAUGCAUUUUUUGAUGAAUCCGGUGACUGAGUCUGUUUAUUCAUUGAUGUUAUCCCCAGAGGCGACCCGGAAAACAUAUUCCAGUCCACGUAAUCAAAACAGUCUUGGAGUAUGGAUUCUGAUUGGUCAGACCAGCGGAACCUCCCUCUUGUGUCCUUGUUUGUAGGAGGGGAGGAGCAAAAUGGAUUCAUGGUCAGAAUUUCCAGAAAGGAAGACGGGACAUGGCUUUAUACCCAUGUCGCGGUGGAGAGUUGGACAAUGUGUUGAUAAUAAUUCGGGAGCACGGUUCUCAUAUUACUUUUGUUAUCCCCUCUAACCUUCUACUCCAAUGGGUUUGAGGAGAGAGGAUACGAGCAAUUGAGAUUUCAAUCCAGAGGCUACGGAGAAGCCUAGUCAGACGUGCCUGUGCUCAUCAUGGCUCUGACAGGCAAAGUGAAAUGACAAAAUGUGCUCGUGGUGCACGCCUCUCAAAUGACAUGUAGCAACACCCUGAGUGAAUCAACGAUACAAAUGUAACAGCACAACAAAAUAGAUGAACUAUUUUUCUUUUGCAGGUGUCUUUUCAUUUUAAACACCAGUGGUGCAGCUAGUGUUUUCUAACUGCACUGAACCAAAACAGUGGUGCGCGGAAGGGAAGCAAAACUUUCCAAUGGGCAAAACCAUUCAUCUUGAGGCGACGGGGGGGGGGAGGGGAUGCAAAAUGGAAUCUGUUAAUUAUUAUAUAAUAUAUUAAAUGGACAUAUCUAUUUUUUUUUUUACAAACGACCUAAAAAAUAUUACUGAUCAUUGAAAAUGACAAAUUACUCAAUGGGAUCAUAAUAGUUUUCUAGUAAAAAAAGUGGGGGUGCGAAAACAUACAUUUGCGCCUCUAUUUUGAAUUACUUUUCAACGUUCCACAGUUACUCGUUCUUAUGAAAAUGUUUUCCUUAUUAUACUUUCAUGAUUAAACACUGUAAAUGCAAAUCUUUAUUUAAUGGCGUGGCAUGUUUGUCCUCACACUGCUUUGUUCCCCUUCCCUCUCAGAAUGGAGUUGUCACCAUUCCCAAGUCCACCAAAAACGAGAGGAUCCUGGAAAACUGUCAAGUGAGUUGGAUUUAUUUACAAGAAGACAGAAAAAGGAAAUUGUGUGCAUGUUUUAGUUUAGUUCUGUUUGCGCAUGUGUUGAAGUAGAUAUAGAUAAAUCUAAUAUUAAAAAGACAGUUCACCCCAAAUCGUAUAACUUUGAGAUGAUAUAGGCUCUAGGAGAACCCCAUUGUUUUGGGUUAAUCAAUGCCAACGUGAGUCUGUGAAGGCUGAAAAGGGACAUUUGGGUGUACUGUUACUUUAAGACUCAAUAAAUAUGUCAAACGAUAAUCACAAGCUCAAGAAUGGAUCCUGUCACAUGGUCCUGCCCCAGCUAAAAGGACACGUAUCAUCUCUAUCAAACCACCAUGUUUGUCCUCUCAACUUCCACCCCUCCACCUUCCCCCCCUGCUGGUCCUGGCUCCUCCCACUCCCAGGUGUUUGGGUUCCAUCUGGAGGGGAAAGACAUGGCGGCACUGGGCAGGUUGCAUGAUGGGAGACACGUGAGCUGGGAUCCCACGCGUGUGGAGUGACACAGGUGCAGCAUGUGUUCACCAUCACUGCUUCUGUGGAUGGAAUAGCAAAGAGCUGAAGC